AUGAAACGGAAGAGCUGGGCCGAGGCCCGGCGCCGCGCAGCCCCGGCGCCGCCGGCUCUGAAGAGAACUCGGGGCGCGGCGUCGCGGGCGGCGGGGGGCGAGGCGGAGCGGCGGCAGCCGCCCCCCGGGCCGGAGACCUGCCUGAGGAUCGCCGAUCGCCUUUAUUUUGCAAUUCUCUGCCAAAAACCAAAGAGUGGAGCUUCAAAUACCCAUUAUUUCUGCAUAGAUGAUGAACUUGUGUAUGAGAACUUCUAUGCAGACUUUGGGCCACUCAAUCUGGCAAUGGUCUAUAGAUACUGCUGCAAGCUAAAUAAGAAAUUAAAGUCGUUUUCAUUGAUAAGGAAGAAAAUAAUUCAUUAUACUGGCUUUGAUCAGAAAAAACAAGCAAAUGCUGCAUUCCUCAUAGGCUCCUACGCAAUAAUAUACCUGAGAGAAUCCCCAGAAGAAGUGUACAGGCUUAUAUUGUCUGGAAGCAUUUCAUAUCUUCCUUUCAGGGAUGCUUCCUUUGGUACUUGCAGUUUUCAUCUGACAUUGCUGGACUGUUUUCAUGCAAUAAACAAGGCUUUGCAAUAUGGUUUCCUGGAUUUCAAUACAUUUGAUGUAAAUGAAUAUGAGCAUUAUGAAAGAGCAGAAAAUGGAGAUUUUAACUGGAUAAUACCAAACAAAUUCAUUGCCUUCAGUGGACCUCAUUCAAGAAGUAAAAUUGAAAAUGGCUAUCCCCACCAUGCUCCAGAGGCUUAUUUCCCAUACUUCAGGAAACAUAAGGUCACCACUAUAAUACGCCUCAACAAAAAACUGUAUGAUGCCAAACGAUUUACAGAUGCUGGAUUUGAGCAUUUUGACCUCUUCUUUGCUGAUGGAAGCACACCUAGUGAUACUAUAGUAAAAACAUUUCUAAAUAUUUGUGAAAAUGCUGAAGGUGUUAUAGCCGUUCAUUGCAAAGCUGGUCUUGGACGAACUGGCACACUUAUUGCCUGUUACAUUAUGAAGCAUUAUCGGAUGACAGCUGCUGAAACUAUUGCCUGGAUUAGAAUAAAUAGACCUGGUUCAGUGAUUGGACCACAACAACACUUCCUGAUGGACAAACAGCCAGAACUUUGGACAGAAGGAGAUAUUUUCCGUGCAAAGUUGAAAGGAAACCAUAAAAUUGCUGUAACAAGAAUUCUGUCAGGAGUAGAUGAUAUUUCCAUUAAUGACACGAGAAACAGGAGAACCAUCCGAAAGGACAUUGAACUGUACAGUGAUGAAGAUGAAACAAACUGUGUAACACAAGGUGAUAAGCUUCGUGCUCUGAAAAGUAGAAGGCAGGCAAAAGCUCCAACUGCAUCUCCGCUAACAGUAAUUCUGCAGUCCAGUGUUCAGAAAAAUAAAACCUCUGAACCUAGCAUUUCUGACAGUACAGACAUUACUAAAAGAACUACCAGGUCUGCUGCAAGAAAAAACAGUUUAAAAAGCAGCCAAUCCAUCCCAAGGACUAGAACAGUAUUGCGUUAAAUUUCAAAUAAGCAACCAGUGUUGAAGAGGAUAUUCAGGAGUGAAGGGGAUGUUACUAGAGGGGACCUGAUGCAAUUCAAGGAAGAUUACUUUGGCUCCAUUUUUCAGCAAAAGUGAAACAGAAGAAUCUCUUCCAUACUUGUAGAAUAAAAUGAACUGUCAGCGUGCUUGGUAGACACUUUCCUAAUGUGCUAACUCUUCCUCAAACAAAACCAACAAAAUCUGUGUACAUUCAGACUCAGGUGUAAAUACUUAAGCUCUCUAUUAUAAAGAGGGCUUGCUAGUAUGUACGAUGCAUGUGUAUAAAUUGUGAUGGCAAUCACUUAGCUGCUGACCACCAGAAAUGAAAAGAUGGUGGGAGCUUUUAAAUAUAUAAAUCUGUGUUGUCCAUUCAGACUGGGCUCAAGUCUCCACUUGAGACUGAAAAUCAACCACAAAAGCUUUUUUCUUAUAGUAUUGGUACUCUCCUGUGUUAAUUGGCUAUUCUUUCUUACUUUGUAUGAAGUUUUUUAUGAAGCUGCAGUAUUGAGUGCACAAAGUAACUACUGUCCACCAAAGAGUGCUUUAUUUUCAAAGGUUGUGUGGUUUGUUUAUUUUGGAAAAAACUAACUAGAAGCGAUUAACUUGUUUUUAAUAGUAACAGAUUUUUAGUUGUUCACAACCAAUGGCUCUUUUAACUAGUUGUAAUUGCUUUAAAUCUGGUAUGAUUUUAAGGGGGAGGAAAAACAGCUUACCAUUUAAAGCAGUGCUGUCAUAUGGAAAUGUCAUUACUGUUUCUUUUCCUAUCUUCAGGUCUUUUAGGUGAAACUUUAGAUUACCGUAUCUAAAAGGUAAGAAUUUUUCCCGGGUUUUAUUGGUACAGUUGAUAACAUGUGGAUGUCACUGGUUUUUAGCUUUGAGACACUUAAUGAGUGCAGCACACAAAAAAGGGAAAAUAAGCUUGCUGUACAACUGAGAUUGGUAGUGGAACUCAGGGGUAGGUAUAGUUUUUAACAGCUAAUUCACACUUUAAAAACUACAGCUUACCUUUGUUAAAAAGCAGUGUAAUUUUUAGAGGAAUCUGUCCGAGACUGAAAUUUUCUACAAGAAAAUUCACUACAAGACUGUCUUCAAAUACUGGCAGCGAUUUUUCCCUACCACUUUUCACAUUAUGAAAUCUCAAAGCUGGCUUUGCAGUGAUGUAUCCUUGUCUGCCAACUGAAGUUUAUAGCUGUGUAUCCCUCAGAUGAGGACUGUUACCACAUCGCCUUAAAUACAAUACAGUUAUCUGUUGAUUUAGUGACUCUUACAGUAGAAAGUAGAAGAAAUUGAGAGAUGUGAAAUGUUAGCAAUGGAAUAACUGAAGUUUUUAAAGAUACAGAUUACCUCUGCAAGGGGGAGAAUUUUCUUUUUAUGAAUGUAAAUGGGCAGGUUCAGUGACUAGUUUCAAUCUACAUCCUUGUAAAUUAAAAUUAAGGUGUUAGGCUGGUGAUUUUUGAAUGCCAGUAUGAAUAACCACACAUUGGCUUGAAAACAUUUUGUGGCAAGAACAUCAUGAGUUGGAGGGGAAGCAGGAUGUGAAGUGUCAAGAAGCUUACGGGUAGCAUCCGUGAGUUUGGAUAGUCAAAAUUUGGAAAUAUGAAUACAAAGAAAACAAAAGAGGCUUGUAUGGUGCAAAAUACAAGGACCAUUGAGGCUCAGACCCCUAAUAUUUUUUGGUUUCCUCUUAAUCUUCACCUUCACCACCAUUUUCUUCUAGGUGAAAAGCACCUAAAAGAGAGGGACUGAAUUCACCCUGAUACAGUGAUUAAAAUUUGUCCUUCCUGCCCCUCCCCCCCAAAAGUAAGCCACUUGCCCAAAAGCUGAAGUACUGGUAACCACAAUAGUAGGUACAUUGUGCAAAUAGGAAUCUAUGUUUGUUUUAGAAUAAAAUUCUUAUCUUGGAAGGCAGAAGGGAUGAAACUAGUGAGGUGAGAGGGUGAGAGUCAAAACAAUAAAAAUUUAGUAAUAUUUAUUGUGUUUGGCUUUGCCCUUCUCUCAGCUGAGCUUCCUCUUUUAGCAUCUUUGGUUUUAACCUAAAAAUAAUCAAUCUAUUUCACACCCCUUCCAAAUUCCAAACUGGAAUUUGCCUUUUUUAAAGUAACCAGCAGAGCCAUUAGCACUUCCAGGUUCAUCAGAAGUGAAUUUGCAUAAAACAAGUGCACAAACACACACAAUAGCAACUCUAGCUAAACCAAAACUGCAUGUUUGGCAUGAAUGUGUUUCAGGAUACCCCUUCCACCACCCAGUAUCUUAGUGAGAAACACAUAAAUGUCAAAGGGAUUUUACAUUUCAACUCUUCAAAACAGCCUUAUAUGGAAAAUUAACUCAUUACCUCAUUGUGUCCCAUCUAAUUGUAUUGCUUAGUUUGUUCUUCUGAAUUUUUAGUACUUUAUCUAUAGCAUUUUUAUUAUACCAUACCAAAGCUGUCUUAAGUACAAGAAUGAAGAGUGAGCAUGGGUGAGGGAGUCCUUGGUUUCUAAAUCUUUUUCGAAUUGUGAAGUAUUAUGUGCCAAAAUGGAAUGUGUGGUGGCAGCUGCAUCACCCAUUGUACCACAGAGCAGCUGAAGGAAUUUAUUUCUGCUGUCAUCAAUUAGGAGUUUUUCCUCAGAAAUUCUUUCCCCUCUUUCAAAUACAUGACAGAUGGAUUCUCCCUCGAUCUAUUAUUCAAAAGUAUGCAACAUACUCAAAAGCUGUAAGACCUUGGGUCAAAUUGCUAGCUUCCAUUACAGCAUCAAUAACUUAACUCAGAUGUUAACCCAGACCUUGUCUUUUUGGCCCAGUAUGACAAUAGAGGAAGUGCUGCUGAUUUAAAACAAACAAGUAAGAUUUGUUAGAGACUCAUGCAUAAAAAUGGAAAAAAAAAGAAAAAUGUGAUGUUCAUCAGUUUGUUGCACUGCAGUUUUUAUAUUAAUGGUUUGCAGACUGUUUGUCUUGUGUAAACUCAUGUACAGACUAUCAAGAUCUAAAAUUUCUUGACUAAUCAGUACUGUUCAUCCGGAUUAUUUUUAAAUUGUAUAUUUCUAAUCAUAUUUUUUUAACUUGGAUUGACAGAAUGGGAGUUUAUUUUGCUGAAGGUAUUUUUAAGAUAAAGCUUCAUAUUAUCUUGUAAUAUUAAGUAGUUCAAUAUGCAUUUGUGUCUCAUUUGAAAAUACUGCAUAUUGUAUUUGAUUUUAUACAAAAUAUUGAAUAGUAAGACUUGUAAACAUGAAUUGUGUAAAAUUAAAAAUAAUCA